UGCGUUCCGGUUACCACAAUGAUUCGUUUGAAAGGGAUGUGCCCAGCCAGUGCAUUGAAAAUAUAAACAAAUACAACGGAAAUUCGUAAUCGCAUUCAAUGCGCUGAAUUCACAGUGAUCAUAACGCAAACAAGUAACUUUUCUAAUCGCUAAGUUAAAAAUCCAAGCUGUCCACCCUUUUUUUUGUGGAGUCUCAGUGGAGCUGCAUUGCCGUCUCGCUCGCACACGGCUUGGCAAUCGAUAAGCCCAACAGCGGGGCUGUCCACUUGCUGGCAGCUGUUAACUCUAGCUGUUAGCUUUCGGCAGCGAGUGCUUGAAGAGUGAAAUUGGAACGCUGGCCGAAACCCGUUAAUCUCCAAUGAGGCGAAACAUUCGGGAGAAGGAAAAUUCAUAAAUGAAAGCUUCUAAUUGCCGGAGAAUGACAAACGCGACAAGAAAUCAUCGCGAGCGAACAAAAGCGAAGCCAACUUUUUAGUCAGCCCCAAAAAGCAGAAGCGAAAGCCACGAAAAUUGAGCCACCGAAGCUUCGGCGAUGCUGUUGAUGCCCACAUCCUGUGGGCCGGGUCCACCCACCGACCUCGGCCCCACAUCCUUGCCCACUCUCGCCCCCUCCUGCCCCGCCCUCUCCCGCAUCCCCAGGCGAGCGGCAGAUGAUGGUGAACCGGUGCGGCGGUCAGGGACCCUAACCCAAAGGCAAAGUUCGGGGUCGGGCAUUCCCCAGUGGCUGCUAAUCCUCAUCGGACUCCUCGCCAUUCUCGCCCAGACACCAGGCAGCCAGGUGGCCGCCGAGAAGAGUAAACACUAUUACAUGCAGUCGCUGUGCAAGAACCACUUCCUCCAGCAGCUCUACCGCAAGAUCGAUGGAGCGGUGCUCUGGUCACAGAACGAGCGGAACCUGGACUGCAUCAUCACCUUCCAGACGCACUCGGUGCUGCAGCGCUUCAUGCUCCGCUUCGACAUGCUGCAGUUGGACUGCAACGAUCACCUGCUGGUCUACGACGGUGCCCAUGCCGUCGCCACGCCCAAGAUUGACAUCUCCUGUCGGAACACAAAGAACACCGUCAACGCGCUCCUGACGCGCACGAACUUUGUGACACUGAAGUACGUGACCGAUGGCUGGGGAACGGAUGCGAACGGCUUCAAGCUGGUGAUUACGUCGGUGAAGGAUCCCAAGCACACCUGCAAGGACUUCACCUGCGCCACCCGCGAGUUCUGCAUCCAUCCCGAUCUCCUCUGCGAUGGCAUCAACCACUGCGGCGACAACUCCGACGAAUCCGUGCACAAUCUGUGCCAGAGUGAGACGAGCAGCACGGUUUUCGGCCUGGACAUGACCUGGUUCGUCCUCAUUGUCGUGGGUGUCCUGCUCGUCCUGAGUGCGCUCAUCGUGGCAGUGGCCAUUUGUGUGUGCCGCCGCCAGGACGAGAAUGCCGCCAACCAGAACACCGCGCUCCAAGUGCACCACACGGCCGACACGAACGGGUCGUCGAAACAUCUGCACUACCACGGCAUCAGUGUCGGCGGGACACUGACGAGGGAGCACACCCAGCUGCCGACGUCGGGAAACUGGCAUCACCCUGCGGGACCAUCCGGGUACCACCGCACUCCACACAACUACUUGAAGAUGGCCACCAAAGUCCGUCCCAUUUGGUGCUUGGCAAAUUCCGUCAAUUAGGUCAAGAUCUCUCCCACAACUCCGCCGGGCUCAGCCAGACGAACAUCGCCGGAACCGGACAUCCCAAUGCCAACGCCGUCGGCGCUGCGCAGAAGGACGAGUGGUUCGUCUAGGACCAGGCAACACUGUGGAACGAUCGAUUGACUUGAGCACAAUAAUCUGUACUUUAUUAAGUAAAUUUAUGGAUAUUUGCAGAGCAUUAAAUGAAGACUGUAAGACUAUAAUUAACAACAAUUAGUGUGGACAUCACCGCGCAGGGUGUAUUAUAUAGAGAUCUCUGCUCGUACCCAAGCAGAAUCUCGAACGCAUUGAGCAGAACCUGCCAGUUCUGUCGGAUAACCAAUGCACCUGUAAAUAGAUUAUAAAUAUAUUAUUUUGAUUUAGCUGAUUAAUACUAGAAGCUGGCUACCACAAGAUCCCACAAUCCCAUAUCCUUGAUAACGAAAUGUAAUACAGAAGAUUACCGAUCAUCAUAAUUUUGUGCAAGUAACAUACAUAUGUUGGCAUUUAUUUAGAGAAUUACAUAUGUUUAGAUGGCAAUUAGAUUUGAAUUAUUGCUCUUCGAUUAAAAACACUUAGUUUGCAUAGCGGGUUGCGUUCAAUAUGCACGGAUAAAGGAUAAAGAUCCCCAAAGUAAUUGUAUAACGAAUCAGAUGUAGUCGCAGAUUCAGAGAGGUAAACUAACAUUAACAUUAAAUUAAAUUUUGAGCGAAACAAUCGUAAGCAUUUAAUUGAAUUGUGAACAGAAACCGAAAGAAGUAUUAAAGCUCAACAAGAAUAACCGAUAACUGUCAUUAAUAUAUACAACUUCCGAAUCUUACAAAUUUGAGAUACAUAACUGGCUGAGCUGCUGGCCAGGGCGUUUUUACAAAACUUAAGCUGAAUUCUAAUCACAAAAUGGACACAAGAAGAUCAACAAAAACAAGGGAUGUACAUAUGUAGUCGACAAUAUACUUACCAAAAAUAAAACAAACAAAAUCGAAACUUCAAACGCGACUGUCAUCUAUACAAUUUCACCUACCAUUGUCACCAUUGUCCACUUGGAAGUCUGCUGUUGCCCGAUGAUCAGCAUCGGAUCAUCUGGGGAUCAUGCCGAAUCUCCGAUAGAAGCAAACAUUUCACCGAGAGACUCAUUCCUCAUCAAAGAACCGAAAAUCGAAAACCGAAAACCGAAGAAAACGGAAAACAAUGCUAAACGGAAAUAUUCUGAGACAUUAAGGACAAUACAGUGAAAUCUUUUGCUUUUGAUACAACCAAAUUGAGACGGUGUCGUGGUGUCAUGCAUUUUAACCUACAGAAGUGUCCGAAAUACAAUUUUCUACAAUCAACCAAAUGGAAUUCUACACAAAAUUAAACGAACGUAAAAAAUACAUAAACAGAGUUGAAACAUUUUGCUACAAAAUCGAAUGAUAACGAUCAUAUUAUAUAUUGACGACGAUGUGUGUGAGGAAACAUGAUAUGUAACUUGAGAAAAAAAAAAACCAAACUAAAAUGCUUCAAAACGAUUGUAGUACUUCCCGCCGUUAAUAUUUUUUUAAUAUAUCGUACAUACUACAAAUACAGAUGCAAGUCUUAAUAAUAAUACUAAAACUAAGAAGCAAUAAGUAAGAAUUUUCCGCUGCUAAAGUUCGUCUUUCAAAAUACUUCCAUAGGUCCGGUUAAUUAAACAGUUUAACAGUUUUGUGGCUCCCAAAAAAUGUUCAUUUCCCAGAUAAUAACCGAAAUACAACCAACCAUAUAUGAUCUUUUGCUAAGCCAGAAAAAAGAAUAUCAAAUUAAGUAAAUAAUUUUAUAUAAAUCGGAGAGGAUGGCGAUUAAGUCAAAUUAAAUUAGUUUUGUACUUAGCAGUAACGAAAUGGAACACCCGACAACUAAAUGAACUACUCGUAAUCUUCUAGGCAUUAAUUUCAACCUUCUUUGGCCCUUCUUUAAUUUGACAAAACUACAAGCGUCUUAUACUAUAUCAUAAAUUAUAGGAAAAUGGUAUUAUGAUAAAUUGAAUUUUUAACCAAAAUUAUAAGCAAAUUGUAUUAGGCGUCAAAUUUUAGAAGUGAAUGAAAACCAAGAGGCACCAGAACCAGAACAGGAAAAAGCCGAAGGAAACCCAUUGAAUAGAUAUAUAUGUUAUGUGUAUGGGCUAAAAUCGCAUUCAUGCAUGGCAACAAAUUAAUCUUAAUUACUUAAAAACGAUGAUAAUAAAUGAUACUAAUUAAUAACUGAAUAACCACAAAAGCUAAUUUAUGCAAUACAGGAAUAUUGAAUACUGAAAAUUAUGCGUCAAUAAAAACGUUUAGGCAAGAUUGUAUUGUAAUAUCUAAUCGUAAUUGUACUCGUAAUCGCAUGCCUACUCCCCACUGGUGAAAAUCGGUUAUAGAUCAUGUCGUAUAUGAGUGUAGUUAAAAUAUACAAAUAUUUACCUAAAUACAAUUCAAUCGGCAAACACACGGGAAACGAUCGAAUCAGGAGCAAUGGGCCGUGUAGUUUGUAGACCCAGCAGAAUUCCGAUGAUUUGUAAAAGAUAAUAGGCCAGUUUGUACGGAUGGAAAAUGGGGAAAUGGGUGGGGAGAGCUUUUCGUUUCCCAGUGUAAGUGUUACAAUGUGUUAAGAAUCAUUUUUUACCUUCUACUGUCUCUAAAUCUUGAAAAGACUUUGCCGCAAUUAGUCUAACUCUAAUUAUUAUUAUUAUAUGUAAAUGUAUGGUACACCGAAUAUUCCAAAAAUGUCAUUUUAAAGUCUCCUGCUUCGCCCACACGAUCAUACAAAUGUGUGUGAUUCAGAUAACUAACGAAAUCUUUAAGUUCGGUAUCAAAUCAUGUACACGCAGAUGUAAAUUAGGUAAUUUUCGUGUGGAGGGAAGGAUAACUAUGGGCUGAAAGGAUAUUUAAGUAUAGAUUGAGCCACGGACAGCAAAUCGUAGUGCAAAUGUUAGUCAAUAUUUUGCCAUAGAACCAAUGCCCAAUCACAACUCCACUAGGGAGUGUGCGUAGCAUUAUUUUCCUGACUCAGUUACCGCACGCAUUUCAAAACACAGAAAGUUCACAAUUUUUCAAAUAUUAUUUGGUAAAAUACAAAACAAAUGAAUGCAUACCGAACAGCGACGGAAAUAACUGGGAGAUCAAACUAAACCAAAUCGAAUGAAUGAAUGAGCCUAGGGGAUCGCGUAAAGUAAUGCUUAGCUUUGUGUUAAAUUGCUGUUGAAUAUAAAUGUAAUUGUACAAUGAUAAUAAUUACGAUGGCAUCAAACACACUCACACACACACACACAGAUCAUCCACAGGACACAUCAGACAUGAACCAUGCAGAAAACAGAACCCAAAUC